AAAGUGAUAAUGACGAAACUAAAUUCACUGUCGAAGCACGUGAAGUGUGGGGACGAAAAUGUAAGGACUGGAUGAAGUGCUAUACUCAGAGAAAAUACUGUACGAGCCCGAUCGUCUCCGGCGCCAAGCGGAGAAUCUACGAAAUACCGGAGCGCUCCACGUGAAUCUUUGACAGGCACGUGGUUCAGUGCCCCCUCUCCGACGCUCGACCCCCACCACGGCACGCCCUGUGGCCUAUCGUGACCCGGCUGUGAUCCAGGACCCUCCCCGAACCGCCCAGGCCAAGUCGUGUCGAGAUCGAGCUCGAAAGGUCACUAGUAGAGACCAGAGUGUGCCCAAGUUUUGACCUGUAACCUCGGUGUCUGUGUCUACGUGCUAACCGCUCAAGACGGUGACUACUGAGCCCCAGGUGACCUAGCCGGUGAUGUGCAGUGCGUGAGUGCCGAAACAUGGCUCUGGUGGCCAGCUCGUGGCGCGAAUCAUCCCUGGUCAAUCCUAUCCAGACGGGCCUUAACUCUAUACCAAAUGGACUGAAUACUCUUCCCUCUGCCACCAAUUUGAACACUUUACCUCCACCGCCUUCGGCCCAGGGUCUGAACCCUAUCGGUCUAGAGACCUCCGACCUCGGUCUGGUCAAAUGCCAAACACCAUCCCAAAAUUCGCAGACUAGUGUGGCCAGCGCUGACAUCAAAAACCAAAAUAUCGAGUGUGUUGUCUGUGGUGACAAGAGUUCAGGAAAACACUACGGCCAGUUCACUUGUGAAGGUUGCAAAUCGUUUUUCAAGAGGAGUGUACGAAGAAAUUUAACCUAUUCCUGUAGGGGUAGUCGAAAUUGUCCAAUAGACCAACAUCACCGUAAUCAGUGUCAAUAUUGCCGUCUCAAGAAAUGCAUGAAGAUGGGAAUGAGGAGAGAAGCUGUCCAACGAGGUAGAGUACCGCCUUCGCAGCCAUCACUACCAGGACUUUCUAAUCAAUUCUUGAACACUACGGACUCGGUGACAACGUCCUUGAGCAAUCACACAUACCUCAGCAGUUACAUUUCGUUGUUACUACGCGCAGAGCCCUACCCUACGAGUAGGUAUGGACAGUGCAUCCAAGCGAACAAUAUUAUGGGUAUCGACAAUAUAUGUGAGUUAGCAGCUAGACUGCUGUUCUCCGCGGUUGAAUGGGCCCGUAAUAUACCGUUCUUUCCUGAUUUACAAGUAACAGACCAGGUUGCUCUACUGAGAUUAGUUUGGUCGGAACUUUUUGUGUUGAAUGCCAGUCAGUGUUCGAUGCCCCUACAUGUGGCGCCCCUGAUAGCAGCCGCUGGUCUUCAUGCCUCCCCUAUGUGUGCCGACAGGGUUGUACAGUUUAUGGAUCACAUUAGGAUAUUCCAGGAACAAGUGGAAAAACUAAAGGCUUUGCACGUUGAUUCAGCAGAAUAUUCUUGCCUGAAAGCUAUAGUUCUCUUCACUACAGAUGCCUGUGGCCUUAGCGAUGUUGCUCACAUAGAGUCCAUUCAAGAGAAGUCCCAAUGUGCCCUGGAAGAAUACUGCAGAUCUCAGUACCCAAAUCAGCCCACCAGAUUCGGAAAGUUGCUGUUGAGACUGCCAAGUCUGAGGACAGUUAGUUCUGCAGUAAUCGAACAAUUGUUUUUUGUUAGACUUGUAGGAAAGACACCAAUUGAAACACUCAUCAGAGACAUGCUUUUGUCCGGUAGUAGUUUCUCUUGGCCGUAUAUGUGAUACUUGAAGCUAUACUAGGUGCACUAGUCAACUUUUUCUUCAUACGUAGGUGGAAUUUGCCAUUGCGCAAUAAGUGCCAAAAAAUCAUGACCUUAAAUGGACACAUUCUGAGCAAAGUUAACUCAAGCGUCACAUAUCAAAACAACGGGUCAGGAAAUCAGAGAAUCACAUAUUUUCAACAUUUAUCAAAGGAUUAAAUUAUUGACGCUGAGAAACAUUCUUGUGCAUCAGAAAAUAAACCAAAGAUUUCGAGUCUUUUCGCUCGAGAGAAAAAUUCAAGUGUUAGCAAUAUUUUUAUUCUUUAAAGAUAAGCUAUACGAGAAUUUGCAUUUCGAGAUAAUCAACUUUAUUGGCAUCUAUGUUUAUCAUCUUAAUAUUUGACGCAACAACUUACCUAUCUAAUUAUAACAUUGAAAAAUAACUUUGACAUGGCUGAAAUUAUGUGAUUUACUUAAUUUUUGAUUGGGGUGAAGACAGAAUAAGACUAAUCGUAGAAUCAACCAAGUGUGGCUCCAUCAAAACAAAAAAAAAAUGUUCCUUUUUAUAUCGAAUCAAAUGAAAAAUGUUAAAUUUAAAAUUAGCAUUAUUGUGUAUUAUUAGACCACUUAUACAUAUUUUAUUGGAAAACUGUACCAUAUGUAUAUAUAACAAUAGUUAUACAUCCUCGAAAUGAGAUUUUAUCUUACUUGCCAUUAUGUGAGAAUUAUUUAUUCCACUGAAAUACACUGCAUGACAAAUUUCUAGUUGUUGUUUGAAAAUUUUGUAUAAACAGCGAACUGAUAUUUUUCUCCUACAAUAUCCCAGUUUAAUUUCGUAUUUUUGUUUAAACUCAUGGCAUUUCAUCUCGGGUGUCAUAAUAUAUCUUAGUCAAUUUUGUUUUUUUAUGAUUUGUGGUUAUUUGUUAUAAGUUGUUAUGAUGUUGUUAUGAUUGCAAACUUGUCUUAAAUUUAAGUGGCCAGUUGAUCUUAUAAUCAAAUCUUACAUUAUUUCUGUAUUCCUUUCAUAUACAAAAUAUAAUAGAAGUUAUUUUCAAAUUCCUGAACAGAAAAAAAAUUGUAAUGGUCAGGAAUAGUAAUUGGUGAAGAGUUGAAGGUAAUGAAUAUAAUAAAUCCGAGGCAAAAUCAAAAUAAGGCAAAAAAUGAAUUUUACUGCAAUUCAUUACCUUUAUUGGUUUUUUUUUUGAAUAAUUAUAUUACUUCUAUUUAACUUUUAUCGGAAGUACCUGAAAAAUACUUCAGUUCAAAUAUUGUGUCAUAAAAUUAUUUACCUAAUGCUAUCGAAUUCUGACUGAUAUUUAAAUUUUAAAAGACCGGUAAAAUUUUGAAUAUUUGUUAGUUAUAGUGCAAUUUAUAUAUACUCGAUUCCUUGUUUAUGUUUUUUUUUAAUCAGGUUUUGCAAAUAUGUAAGUUAUUUUCGAAGAAAUCGAAUGUCAACGAAUAUAAUAGAAAAAAAAAUGAUUUCUUACAAUUGUAAAGAGUUGUACAUAUCUAGAAAGUUAAUAAACAUGACUGUAUUUAUAA